AUGGAAGAAGCCCAGACGACGACCUCGAUGGUAUCAUCUGAGAUCGCUACAUCUAGUCUCAGCCGUUAUGAAGGUUUAAUUGAUGUUCCCCUUUCUGAUAAGAUCAUUGAUUCCCUUACAGCAUUGUUUAACUAUUUUGAUAUUUAUGCUCCUAAGAUGGAAUUUGUAUACGCUAUCGUUACAUUCUUUAGAUUCUUCCAACUGCUUGGUGGCGCUUUCAUGGCAGCUAAUCUUGAUUCAUUUGAACCGGGCACACUUACUUUUAACGCAAUGAGUAUUAUCACAGUACUUUUCCAUGUAGUCCCAGUACAGUACAGACGUGGCAAUGGUCACAUCGUAUUACUUGUAGUUAACGGAUUAUUAUUAAUUUUUGGUAUCUAUUUGAUAUUACCAGCAUUCUUAUACAAAAAGACAUCCAAGGUUCCAAGCGCAUCCACUAAAAUACUUAGCAUCUUCAUGGCGAUUGGUCCAUAUUUACUUGUUCCUAUCAGUGCUCAGUAUGCCGGACAAAUGUUAUCUGGAAAUAUUUCCGGUACAUUAGAAAUUAAUGCUAUCAACAUUUGCUCUGAAAUAAUUUCACUUAUAUGCAUCUCCUUAUGGAUGUGGAUUAUCAUCAAAGCGUACUCCAUUGCUUUGGUCUUCAGACAAUUAUCAUUUGCCUCUAUUGAAGGUACACCACAGACAAAGCUCCUUAUUACCACGACAGUUGUUACUUUUGCAUCUGCAUUAACUACAAACUUAACAACUUAUCCUUCUUCUGCGAUGAUGAUCAUCUCUAUGCUUUGCUAUAUUUAUUGCUGCACAACUUGCUUCAAUUGCGGCUCAUUCAUCAAGAAAAUGCACACUGUUAUGGUUCUUGGUGGCUCAAUUUUGGGUUUCUUCCUUUGCGGUGCAAACCUUUAUACUAUUUUUGCACAUGCACCAUGGAAUGAAAUCUUCUUCCCCAUAGUUAUUAUUGCAGGUGUAAUUAUUUUCUUCGCCGUUUCAUUUUACAUCAAGAGAAGACAGACAAGAGAACUUAGACUCCUUGAUGAGAUUGAUGAUACGCAAGAUAUUUCAAUCCUUAAGAGAGCUUCUCAUUUCAAACAGAUUCUUUCAACAGGUUUCAUAUUUGCUCAUCCAAUUUGUGUUAGUUUUAAGAUCUUCAAGAUGGCUGCAUCAAAGUGGAGUGAUGAUCUCGAUGUUUGGUCACUUUAUGCUAAAUUUUUUGCAAUUUAUCCAGAACAAGUUACUGCUUUAGCAUUUGUUGCACAGAAUGUAUCAACCAUGAAAGCUAAAGAUAGGACACUUCAGUCAAUUAUCUUAAGUAGCACAGGAUACAUCAUCAAAACAAGAGAAACAAAGUUUACUCAGCAAUUAAAAGGAAAGAUCUCUAAACUUGCUAAGAUGUUCAACAAGACAAAAGCAGGACUGAGAAAUAUUUGGGACUUGACAUUGCAAGGCAACAUUAAUGAAAUGAAUGUCGCAAUCAAGAGAACACAAGAGUCUGUCAACGAAUGUGAAGUUGAAAUGGCUCAUCUUCUCAUGCAAUAUCCAAAUAACAGAUAUGUUGCUCGCCAAUACACAUUAUUCCUUAACGAAAUCAAGGGCGAUCCACUUCAAGCCAAAGCAUCUUUUGAGAACUUAACUAAGCUCCAAAGAGGUGUUUCUGUUUCAGAAGAUACAAUCCAUGAUUUAGGCAUCAUGGCAUUCCCGAACAUUCCAGAAGUUUGCUCUGAUAUUGAAGGCCAAUCAAAGACAGUUGUUGAUGGCAAAUCAAUGGGAAUUGAUGAUGUAAUUAUGGAUGACAACUUAAACCUUGAAGCCAUUCAAUCUAUUUCUAAGCAGAUUGAUAACCAUGUAAUUCCAUCAAUCUCUUACAUCUACACAACAACUAUUGUAUGCUUCAUCUGCCUUAUCUUGAUUCCUCUGAUUACAAUGGCAGUUGCAUACAGAUUCUAUGCAAGAGAAGUUGAGAAGCCAGUCAAAUUCAUGGAAGGUAUCGCUCACACAAGAAAUAUCAUUGCUAUGCUUACAGCAUACAUUGGUAGAUUCUUAUUCCAGAAGUUAGAUGAUCCAAAGAAUCCAGGUUCUCCAAUCGAAGGACCUCUUAACCUCAUCAAAAAUUUAGACCUUUCAGCGACAGGUGGAUCAUCAGAUACAACAGAAGUUCUUGAAUAUAUUGCUUCCACAGUUGCUGAUGCUAAUACACAGAUGUCAAGUGUCAGAUCAUAUAUGCCAGGCAAUUCAUAUAUUGAGAAAGUUAGAGAGUUAUUGUUUACCAAUUCAGUUAACUUUUCUUUCUAUCUGAAUAACACAUAUGCUGAUUCAACAAUGACAUCUGUUGUUGAAAUAUCAUAUAUGGUUUCAAAUCAUGUUGGAAAACUUACAGAUCUUGAUGAAAUCACACCGAAAAUCGCUUGCGGCCCAGACUCAUUAACAUCAAGGAACAACAACCAGUUAUCAUUGUUAGCAAUGAAUGAUGCCUUAUUGACAAUGAUCGAAUUCUUAAAGCAUAUCAACACCCAAUAUCAAUUGUAUUUCACAAUUGUUAUUAUUGUAAUGAUAUGCAUCAACGUCAUUGUUUAUCCAAUAGUUUACUUUAUCCAAGUUAGUAAACUAAGAAAGAACAGACAAGAAAUAUUGUUCAUCUUAACAACACUUCUAAAGACAGUAAUCUCAUCAAUUUCCGCAUCAUUUAAUAAACUCAAAGACGGAAAUGAUAGAUCAUCUACAACUGAUUCAUCUGAUGGCGAGACAAACAGACAAGAAGACAGCAUUAUCAAAUUAUUCUCAUCUAUUUCUGAUGGUUCUGCUAAAGCAUCUGCAGAAAUUUCCAACUUAUUCUGCUUCUUAUUCUUAAUGGCCCUUGGAUGUGUUGGCUAUUAUGUCUCAAUGGAUGCUUUCAGAACAUCAAUGACAAAUCUUGUUUAUAACUCCCAUCACAUCAAUUACUUGUUUGGUUCUGCUACAUAUCUUUAUUCAGUUAUGGCAAGCUUAUUCAAGAUUUCAUUAGCCAUGUAUGAUGACGUUUUCAAGACAUCAAUCAUAUCUCUAUCAGAUGAAGUAACGAAUGUUGGUGAAAGAAUUCCAAUGCUUGUUUCUUAUUUCCAAAUGAUUAGACUUGGAGGUAGUGAUAUCAGAGAAGUUCCAUUCCCAGAAAUGAAGAUCUACAUUGAUCAAGCUUCUGCGGCUUUGAUUUGCAGUGAUCCUCUUACUCCUCCUCAAACAUUAAUGCAAAGCACACAUUGCCUCUCAGCAGCUCAACAGCUUUAUGUCGCAACAACAUUGAUGCAUAAGUACUAUGGACUUAUGUUAUUAGACCAACCAAUGUAUCCAGAUCCAUCAGAGAUUUCAAUGCAACAGUUAUGGCAAAUUGGUCCUGUUGAAUUGUACACAACAUUCUUCUAUCCAGCAGGUAACCAAAUUGUUGGAAUCAUUGUUGGUGGUCUUGAUGAUAGAGAGAAAACACAGAUCAUUUGGACAGCAAUUCUUAUCAUUGCUUCGUUUAUCUUUUCUUUAAUUAUUAUACUUUCAGCAAAGAAGGAAGAUACACUACUUAAAUUCACAUUAAGACUCUUCUUAAGAUGUCCUCCAAUGACAGUUCUUAAUAACAGCAGAAUAACUAGAUUGUUAUCCGGCAAUUAUAAUUCAAUGGUUGAUGAAUCAGCAGAUAAAGGGCUUUGGUUCACAAAUGAAGUUGUUAAUAAAUUGAAUGAUGUUGUUAUUGUUUGCCAGGAAGAAACAGGAAAAAUCAUUACAGUUAACGCUGCUUUUGAAGAAUUAUUCGGUAUUAAACAAGCUGAAAUCGAAAAUACACCUGCUAAAGAAUUCUUUGUUCCAUCAAGAUUCACUUGCAGUGAAAACCUUGAAAAGAUCUUCACAACAACACUUAACAUGAUCUACAAGAAAUCGGAGACAGAGAAAGUUUACCUUGAAUUCUCUUCAACUUCAGUUAGUGGAAGAAAGAUCUUUUCUGGUAGAGAUCAGACACAAAAUGUUAUGCAUGAAAAACUUAUUGCUGAUGAAAAGAAGAAAUCAGAUUCAAUGCUUGCAUCAAUUCUUCCACCAAUGUUAGUUCCACGUGUUCAAGCAGGUGAGAAGAAUAUUUCAUUUUCAGUUCAAUCAGCAACUGUUUUGUUCUUAGAUGUUGUUGAAUUCACACCAUGGUGUGGUUCUCAUGAUGCUCAAUAUGUUAUGAGGAUGCUGAACAUCAUGUUCAAAGAAUUCGAUGCUAUUACUAAUGCACAUAAGACAAUGACGAAGAUCAAAUGCAUUGGUGACUGUUAUAUGGCUGCAUGUGGUAUCUUUGAUGAAGUUAAUCAACCAGCAGUUCAUGCAAAGGAAGUUGUUGAUUUCGGAACAUUAGUUAUCAAGAAAUUAUUAGAGAUCGACGAAAAUGAAAAUGAAAACUUGAGAAUUAGAGUUGGUAUUAAUACAGGUGGCCCAAUUGUUGCAGGUGUUAUCGGAACAGAGAAACCAACAUUUGAAAUUCUUGGCCCAGCAAUUAACAUUGCUCACGAAAUGGAGAACAAAGGUGUUCCAAUGAAAGUUCACAUAAGCAGACCUGUUUAUGAGUUGAUCUACGGCCAGCAAUUCGAUAUCAAGGAACGCGGCGAAAUAGAUGUUAAGGGUGGCAAGAUGUUUACAUAUCUUGUUGAACCAUAA